AGUGGCUAGAGCCUAGAGGCGUUCGUAAACCCUUGGAGAAGAAGAUUGAACAUUUGUUUUGUAUAAACAGUUGAGUUGAAUUGAAGGCUAUAAAGAGAGCAAUCAUAGAGACACGUUUCCUUCUCUUCCGCCUUGGCUUCUUCUUUGAAACGCUCUGCAUCAACGACAUGCUUCCUCUCUCCCUUCUCAAGACUGCCCAAGGCCACCCUAUGUUGGUGGAACUGAAAAAUGGGGAGACUUAUAACGGGCAUUUGGUUAAUUGCGAUACAUGGAUGAACAUCCAUCUCCGAGAAGUCAUCUGUACCUCUAAAGACGGAGAUAGGUUUUGGAGGAUGCCUGAGUGCUACAUACGAGGCAAUACAAUCAAGUACCUUCGAGUUCCUGAUGAGGUAAUUGACAAAGUUCAGGAAGAAACCAAGACCCGUGCAGAUCGCAAACCACCUGGUGUGGGGCGUGGAAGGGGAAGAGGCAGAGAGGAAGGUCCUGGAGGACGAGGACCAAAAGGAAUUGGGCGUGGUCUUGAUGAUGGUGGUGCUAAGGGAGCUGGAGGAGGCCGAGGCAGGGGUGGCCCGGGUGGAAAGCCUGGUGGAGGCAGAGGGCGAGGUAGAGGCUGAUUCAAACCAGUGGCAUGAACUGCUUCAAAUGGGCUAGUUGACUACUUUCAGAAGCAUUUGUGUUCGUUCUUAAUGUGUAUUGGUAGCAAUUUCACUGCCCGUGUUUCUGUGCAUCCUUGAAUUUUUAUCUUCCAAUGUUUUUCUUGUGUUUAUUAUGAUUACAAAAAUGUUAGUGCUAUUAUAUUACUCUCGAAAAGCUUCUCUGCUUCCAUCUUUUAAUUCCUUCCCAACGGCAAACGUGCCUUUGUCUAUCUUUCCCUCCAAUGAGAAGUAAUGAUGUAGCAAUAUGUUGAAUUCUCAACCUUGGUAUAUUUAGAUACGUUACUUUGACAAUUGUACAUGAAA